GCCCCCCGCCAUGGCGCAGACGCUGCAGAUGGAGAUCCCCAACUUCGGGAACAGCAUCCUGGAGUGCCUCAACGAGCAGCGGCUGCAGGGGCUCUUCUGCGACGUGUCCGUGGUGGUGAAGGGCCACGCGUUCAAGGCCCACCGGGCCGUGCUGGCCGCCAGCAGCUCCUACUUCCGAGACCUGUUCCACAGCUCCAAGAGCGCCGUGGUGGAGCUGCCGGCGGCCGUGCAGCCCCAGUCCUUCCAGCAGAUCCUCAGCUUCUGCUACACCGGCCGCCUGAGCAUGAACGUGGGCGACCAGUUCCUGCUCAUGUACACGGCGGGCUUCCUGCAGAUCCAGGAGAUCAUGGAGAAGGGCACCGAGUUCUUCCUCAAGGUCAGCUCGCCCAGCUGCGACUCGCAGGGGCUGCACGGCGACGACACGCCGGGCUCGGAGCCGCAGAGCCCGGUGGCGCAGACGUCGGCGGGGCAGGGCUGGGCGCUGCCCCUGGUGUCGCGGGUGAAGACGGAGCAGGGCGAGCCCGACGGCGUCCAGUGCACCUUCGUCUUCAAGCGCCUCUGGGACGGGGGGCCCAAGGACGCCGGGGGCAACGGCAGCAGGAAAAUGGCCAAAUUCUCGGACGCCGCCGCCGCGGCGGCCCCGCGCCCGCCCAACCCCGCCGGCGCCAACCCCGCCCCGGCGCCCACCCCGGUGCCCCCCGCGGCCGACCAGACCAGCCCCGGGGGCACGUCCAGCGCCUACACGAGCGACAGCCCCGGGUCCUUCCACAACGAGGAGGACGAGGAGGAGGACGGCGGCGAGGAAGGCUCGGACGAGCAGUACCGGCAGAUCUGCAACAUGUACACCAUGUACAGCAUGAUGAACGUGGGCAUGGCGGGUGAGACCCCGGGCACGGCGGGUGGGACCCCCCCCCGAGGGAGCCCCAAGGAGAGAACAAGGGGGGUCGGGGGAGACCCUUUCCCAGCCAGGCCUCUCCCUGAGCCCCUCCCCGUGUCCCCCCCCAUCCCAGUUUACUGCCAGAACUUCGCCCCCGACUUCAAGGAGAGCGAGAUGAACGCCAUCGCCGCCGACAUGUGCACGAACGCGCGGCGGGUCGUGCGCAAGAGCUGGAUGCCCAAACUCAAACUGCUCAUGGCCGAGGGCGACUCCUACACCUCCUUCAUCAACGACACCGGCAAGCUGGAGCCCGACAUCAUGGGCCCCGAGCCCCCCUUCGAGGCCGGGGGGCCCGAGCAGCCGGAGGGGGCUCCCCCCGGGGAGGGGCUGCAGUGACACGCCCACCCCCGCCGUGACCCCGCCCACCCUGGGGACCCCACCCCCCCCUCCCCCGGGAUGGGGAGGAGGGGAGAGGAGGGGGGGACCCCCCGUGUUGGGAGGGGGUGUGUGGGGGGGGAGCUCCCCCAACUGGGAAUGAGCCCAAAUAGGUCCCCCCCAGGGGUAGGGACCCCCUUCCGUGGGACAGGGGACCCCCCCAGACAGGUCCCACUCCAGGGGUAGGGACCCCCCCCUUCAUGGGACAGGGGACCCCCCCAGGGGUAGGGACCCCCCCCGGUGGAGGGGCACCCACGCUGGGAGGGGUGGGGGGGGAGCUCUGUGGUGGAGGGAACCCCCCCACUAAAUGGAGCCCCCCCAGUGGUCGAGACUCCUCCCAAACGGGCACCCCCAGAGGUAGGGACCCCCCACCAUGGGACAGGGGACCCCCAAGGGUAGGGACCCCCCCUAUGGGACAAGGACACCCCCCCCCAUGGGGCAGGACCCUCCCAAAUGGGAACCCACCAAGGUCGUGACCUCCCAAACAGUGACCCCCCCCCAACCUGGGCACCCCCAGGGUUGGGGUCCCCCUGGCCAGGACCUCGGGGGGGUGUGGGGACCCCUGUGGUGGAGGGACACCCCCUAAAUGGGCACCCUCGGGGGUAGGAACCUCCCCAAAACGGGCACCUCAAGGGGCAGGGACCCCUCCCACGGGACAGGGUCCCACCAAGAAAGGGACCCUUUUGGUUUUAGGGACCCCAGGGGCUGGGACCCCCCCAGGCAGGGACCCCUUUGAUUUAGGGAUCCCUGCAAAUGGAUCCCCCCCAAAAUGGGGCAGGGACCCCUCAGCCAGGGACCCCUUUGGUUUAGGGACCCCCCCCUCCCACAGGCACCCCCGGGGGCAGGGACCCCCAGCAAUGCCCAGUGCCACUGUGGGACCCCUCCCUCUAGUUUGGGGGUCUGGUGCCCCCCCUCCGGGGGCUUUAGGGGCUUUUGGGGCCGGGGGAGGCAGCAGUUUCUGGGGAGCUGCCCCCCCCACACGUUUUGGGGGCCCUGGUGGGGGGAUGUCUCAGCUCGGGCUCUGGGGGGGUCCCGUGUCCCCUCCCUGGGGCCGGGGUGACUCCUGGACCCCCCCUGUGUGCCCCCCAUGUCCCCCCCACACUGUGUCCCCCCCCCAGGGCCACCGUCUC